AAACCUAUGGCCGAAUCAAAGACUGAAGACAUCGAAAUCGCUGAGCAUUACAAAGCUCUCAUCCUAGAACUGGAAGCUAAAAUCGAGAUUUUGGUGGCUACUCUAAACGAAAAGGAUCUGCAGAUGCAAAAGAUCCGGCAACAGUACGAAGAAAUCCUGACCAAUUUGGAGGCCAAAGAGAACCGAAUCGCCACCAUGCAAUCCGAACUGCAAAUCUCGCCCGACGCCGAAGAAUUCUCGCUGUUAGAGGAAACCGAUGUCAUCGAGAAACACAGCAGCUUCUACAGAAAAGAAAUUGAAGAAAAGGACCGUGAAAUCGGCAGGCUCACUACCGAGCUGAAGAAGUGCACCUGCUACCUUCAGGAGAUAGUCAACAAGGAGCUUUGGGAGAAGAACAAGGAGAUUGAGAAGUUGCAUAGCAAGCAGGCCAACUCCUCAGAGAGUUUCAAGCUGAAGCAGGAAUUGGUUGGAAAAGACGAAGAAAUCGAAACGUUGAAGGUUGAAGUAGCCGAUUUGAAGAUACAGGUUGAGCAUUGUGAAAAGCUCAGGGAGGAGUCAAACGAGGUCUGUUCCUUGUUGAAUACCAGACUGGAGGAGCUGGCGCUGUUUUUGGAUUCGCUGUUGAAGCAAAAAUCGGUUCUCGGUUUCCUGGGCUUGCAGAAGGAGCGCAAGCUGCGCGUGCUCGUCAACAACAGCCUAGAUAUGUCCAAAUCCUUCGCCAUGAGCUUGCUGAUCAACCCGGACCAGAGUCUGGCCCAGCUGUCCAACAUAACGUCCUUGCUCAACGGAUCCGCGUUCCACGAUCUCACGUUAAGCUGCGCACCCGUCGAAGAGGAGAGCCAUGAAGUGCUCUCCAUCAUCCCCAAAGACAUAACCUUGACCUACCAAAGCCACUUGUAUAAGCAGAACAGGCAUUCAGUGGAGCCUAAUAACGAGGACCUGAUUGCUGCUCUGCGCGAGCAAGUCGUUAACCUCAAGUCCGAGCUGCAGCUACGAGAUAUCGAGCUCAGCAAGGUCAACGCAAACCUGUGUAACAAAACCUCAGAUAGCGACACUGACCUGAAACGCAGGAGCGGUUUCAAAGACAUUUCUAAACUCUUCUCGACUCCUGUCAAGUGUAACACGACUUCCACUACAUUAAAAUAUCAGAGCGAGUGCCAGUCGGAAUCGGAGGGGUGGUCUGAGCCCGACAGGGUCGUUUCCAGGGCUAGGAUCGGGCUGAGUCAAACCUUACCUAACUUCGUCGUGGUCAGGAAUGAGCUAAGCGAGUCUACAGAAGAGGAAUCAGCCUACUGCCUCACGCCUACUAAGAAGACUUCCGAGGACAAACGCCAGCUGGAGCAGAGGGUUCUGGAUCUCCAAGGUGAGCUCUUCAAGAAGAACGAGGAAUUGGAAGUGGCCGAGUCGAGGAUUUUGAAUACCGUCGGAAGGGAGCUGUAUGAAGAACUAAAGAUUAGAUUAGCAGGCGCCGAAGAGAGACUGGCCAAUGCGGAACUGAAGAAGGCAGAGGCUGAACACCAGAUCAAGGUUCUCGAGAAAACCGUCGAGGAGCUCACCAGUAACAAGGAGAAACUCCAGGAGGCGAUGGUGGUCAAAGACAAGGAGACGCAAGAUGCCAUGAACCGGCUGGAGGUGGAGAAAAACGAGGUCUUGCGCAUAUCAGCAGAGUUUGAAAAGGAGUCCUCGCGAGCUAAAAACGAAAUCGAACUUAGGCUGCAAGCGAGCAGGGUCGAUUUGAACGCAUCCCUACCCAAUUUCAUUGCCAGAAGCCCUCCUCAGGCAGUGCCCUACUACAGGCAUCUCUCAAACACGAACUAUAGCUCGGAGGAUAACGCUGAAGAUGCGGGAGUUCGGGCGUUUUCUAGGCGUCCACAGGCCGUAGAUGUGGAGAGGCAGGAGGCAACUUCUUCGCCCGAUCUGGGGAUCGAGAGCGACCACGGAAGGUUCUCGAGCUUAGAGGCACCUGCGAAUGUCAUGAGGCCGUUGAAACAGACGAUCGAACUGACUGAGUCAAUGAGCAAUUUGUUGGACGGCGAUAAUAACCCUCUGGAGGUCGCUAGUUGUGAUGGUGAUGUCUGCUGCCGUAGGACAAUAGAAAUAGCUCAUGAAAACAACGAACUGAAGAGAAAGCUCAUGAGAAUGAAGAGGGCGCUGGAAGAAACAGCAGCUCAGCUUAGUUUAGCCAACCAACGCAAGAAACAAGUGGAGAAAACCAUCUGCAAACAGAUCCACAAGACAAGCCAAGUGUUGAGGAAAGCCAAAGCGAAUUUGGACUCUGGUUCGGAGAGUGAUAUGUUGAACAAAAUGUGAACAGUGUGAUUUCGCCUUGUGUAAAUUAUCUUCUGCCAUACAAUCAGACUCUUGCCAUUUCUGUUGAAGCACUUGGUACGUUCCCUAAAUUCCCUAAGUAUUAAAAUAGUGUUAGGUUUUGUAUUGUAUAUUUUUUAAAAGUAAAUUCGUAUUUUUAAAGCGACUGGAAUGUGAUAGUUCUAUUCUUCUCGUGCCAACGCCUGGAAAUGUUUUUUGAAAACGUUUUGUUUUUGUAAAUGUGACCUGUUGUAAAUUUUAUGCAGACUGUUACAGUUGUUCGUUUGUUACUCCGAUUUUGAGGGUACCUUGUGAUGAGAUGUAUAUUUUUGGAAAAUAUGUAUAUAUAUGGCGACUAUAAAUAUAUUACUUUUCGAUUUUUCUAGAA